AUGAACUCCACACAUCCAGACGCACUUGAUCGUACCGCUGAAGAAAGGGCAAAUUCGAUCUUCAGCCACAGCCAGAACUGGAUCAGCAUGGGCGCUGAAGGAAGCACACACAAGGCAGAUGCUCAGACAGACGAGAAGACGCUCGUACAGUCCCCGCGGAGCGUCGAGUCCGUGUCGUCUUUUUGGGCUUCAAGGGAGUGGCGAGGCGAAGAUGUUGAUGUCGAGAGCCAGCCUUGUCGCGUUCAUACGCGGAAGGAAUCAAGAGUAGACGCAGCUCCCGAUAGCUCUCUAGCCAAAAGCUUCUCGAUGGUUCUCCUUAUCUCCACGUUUUGCGCCGGAAUCCAUGUAGCCUUCCUCUCCUUGAUGGUCGACAUCGGAGGAGACGGUUUCCAGAGUAGCUUCCGUAGCGGCCAGAUAUACGACACCGGCGGCACCCUGCUUGGUCUAUUGUCGUUGGCUUUGGACCUCAGCCUAGCUGCGUUCUCAGGGGUCAACGCCGCCAUCUCGUCGUCGAAGUUCGUGACGACGACCGGCAUUCCCGGAAGAAGCAGGAGCCUGUUUUCACAACAAAAGCGUUUGACGCUUGUCGUCGCUGUUCUCUUCGAUGCGAGUAUGGUUUUAUUUAUUGCGCUGUACGACACGGUUAUUGCCGUUGUAAUUGGGUCAAUUAUUCUGCUCGGAUUGAUAUUCAUUACCUAUGAUUUGUUUUUACUUACAAGAUGGAACACGGAUAAACUAUCUCAAUGA